GCAACAUUUGAGAAACACGAAUCUAAUUAACUAUCUAAAAGCCCCUCCGGUCAUUUCGAACAUUUGACACACUUGUUGAUACAAAAGAUAAAGAGGAAGAUGCCUUGUCUUUAUAUUUCUACCAACGUUAGCCUAGACGGAGUUGACACAGAUCCCAUCUUUUCUGAACUCACCAAGGCUGUCUCUACAAUUAUCGGAAAACCAGAAAAUUAUGUGAUGGUAAUACUAAAAGGAUCGGUGGCCAUAUCUUUUGAAAUGAACAAAACACCAGCUGCGUAUGCUGAGAUAGUAUCAAUGGGAGGCAUUAAUUCAGACGUGAAGAAGAAGCUAAUUGCUACCAUUGGCACAAUUUUGCAGUCCAAGCUGUCUGUUCCCAGGACUCGAUUUUUCCUCAAAGUCUAUGAUACAACUGCUGGGCGUAAUUAUUCCAAGUUAUGACAAAUUUGUGAUGAUAUAAAAUGACAUUAUGAUUGCAACCCGUUUAUGAUUUUUGUCACUUUAUGUGGCUUGUUAUGAUUAUUUUUCUAUAGAUUAGACAGUAUUCCUAUGAUAAGUCAGGCUUGCUUGUAUGAUGGCUGGGCUCCAUGCAUUAAUGUAUUUGUUUUACAAUAAUAUCAAUAAGAAAUUUUA